CCCCCUGCGCGGCGGCUGCGAUGGCCCGGCCGCGCCCGCGCACCCCCACGGCCUGCCCAGGCCCGAGGCGCUCUACUACCCGGGACCCUUACUGCCUCUGUAUCCCACCCCACCAGUGGGCUCCUUUCCUCUGAUGAACCUGUCUACACCCCUGUACCCCAUGAUGUGCUCCAUGGAACAUCCCCUGUCAGUGGACAUCGCCACAGCCACCCGUGCAGAUGAGGACGGGGACACGCCUCUCCACAUCGCCGUGGUGCAGGACAAUCUGCACGCCGUGCACCGGCUGGUAACCCUUUUCCAGCACGCGGGCCGCGAGCUGGACGUCUACAACAACUUGCGGCAGACCCCGCUCCACCUGGCUGUGAUCACCACGUUACCGAAUAUAGUCCAGCUCUUGGUGACGGCUGGGGCCAGCCCCAUGGCGCUGGAUCGCCAUGGCCAGACCGCAGCCCACCUGGCGUGCGAGCACCGCAGCCCUACAUGCCUGCAGGCCCUGCUGGACAGCGCGGCCCCGGGCUCCGUGGACCUGGAGGCCCGCAAUUACGAUGGGCUCACCGCCCUGCAUGUGGCCGUGAACACCAAGUGCCACCAAGCGGUGCUGCUUCUGCUAGAGCGCGGUGCAGACAUUGAUGCGGUGGACAUUAAGAGUGGCCGCUCCCCGCUCAUCCACGCCGUGGAAAACAACAGCCUCAGCAUGGUGCAGCUACUGUUGCAGCACGGCGCCAACGUGAACGCGCAGAUGUACUCGGGCAGCUCCGCGCUGCACUCGGCGUCGGGCCGCGGGCUCCUGCCGCUCGUGCGCACCCUGGUCCGCAGCGGCGCCGACAGUGGCCUCAAGAACUGUCACAACGACACGCCGCUGAUGGUGGCGCGCAGCCGCAGGGUCAUCGACAUCCUGAGGGGUAAGGCCACCAGGGCUGCCUCCGCAACACAGACCGAGCCCUCCCCGGACCGAAGUGCCACCACCUCCCCCGAGAGCAGCAGCCGCCUCAGCUCCAACGGUCUUCUUUCCGCUUCACCGUCCUCCUCGCCCUCCCAGUCUCCCCCCAAGGACCCGCCCGGAUUCCCCCUGGCUCCCCCAAGUUUCUUCCUUCCUCCCCCAUCUCCGCCUGCCUUCCUGCCCUUUCCUGGGGUUCUCCGAGGCCCUGGCCGGCCGGUGCCCCCCUCCCCGGCUCCAGGAGGCAGCUGAGAAGGAUGGGGGGGCAGAUCUCGAACUCAUGGGGAGGGGCCUCCCUGCGCUGGGGGGGUCUGCCCUUCCGGAAACUGUGAAGAUCUCACUCUGCCCCCCCCCCCCCAAUCUUCAGGACCAGGAUUUGCACCAAAGCACAUGCACCUACUCCUGAGCCCCUGGCGCGCAUAGAUCCCCCCCGCCCCCCCCCCGGCUCCGUCUUGUCCCACCAAGGACUGUGGCAUUCUCAGGCACUGGCUCCCAGCCUGGAACUCUACCCAAAUGUUCAUUUCCUGCCCCUCCCUGAGCUGGUGGAACCAGGGAGCAGUCCCUCCUCGGCCACCUCCGUCCAGAUGAAUGAAGAGAGAGGAGCUUAGGCAGGCACUGGUAACACUGUAAAUUAUUAGGCACAAGGGUUAGAUUCUUUUGUAAUAAACUAUUUUUGUACCAUA